AUGCCCCGCCCACCUUUAGAGCAGAAUCGCACUCUCAAGAUCCUCAAUGCCGCUCGAGAUGGCGGAUAUGCAGUAGCAGCCAUGUGCUGCUACAACAUCGAGUCCGUCGUGGCCACUGUCCGCGCGGCCGAGGCCACCAAGUCACCGGCCAUUGUCCAGCUCUUCCCCUGGGCCAUCGAGUACGCCGGCGACGCCCUCGUCCUGGCUGCCGCGAACCUGUGCCACUCGGCCUCGGUCCCCAUGUCGCUGCACCUGGACCACUGCCAGACUCCCGAGCUGGUCCGCAGGGCUGCCAACAUCCCGGACGGGUUUGACAGCAUCAUGUGUGAUAUGAGCCACUACGAGAAGGAGGAGAAUCUGGCGCUGACCAAGGAGCUCGUGUCGUACUGCCACGAGCGCCGAGCCCGGCCGGAUCGAGGGGGGGAAGACGGCGUCGCUGAGACGGUCGACCUGGAGGGCGUUCUGACGACGCCCGAGCAAGCCGAGGAGUUCGUGGCAACGGGCAUCGAGAUGCUGGCGCCCGCGUUUGGAAACGUGCAUGGCGAGUAUGGGCCCCGCGGCAUCAUCCUCGAGUACGACCGCCUAGAGUCUGUCCACAAAGCUGUGGGUGACCGGGUGCGGUUGGUCCUGCACGGCGCGGACCCCUUCACUCCCGAGAUCUACAACCGGUGUAUCAAGGCCGGCGUGGUCAAGAUCAACAUCAACAAGGGCAUGAACAACCACUACGCCGCGUCGCAGGAAGAGACGCGGGGGAAGCCCAUCACGGCGGUCAUGGAAGCCGGCACCAAGAAAAUGCAGGCGGCGAUUGAGCAAUACACGAUAUGGUUUGGCUCAGCGCAGAAAGCGUAG